AUGAUCUUCUCAGAUACGAUGGAUAUUUCCGAGAAGCAGCAGCAAAUCCAGCCACUGCCGGCCCCGGGCCAGCCUCAGCCAAGUCGCCAAAUAUCCACCACGAUCCAGCGCGCAGCGGAUGACUUCGUCCGCCUCAUCGAGAGCGAGAAGGUCAAGGCGCGCGAGCCCUUGCAACGACAGCUCGCGGCGCUCGAGCACGAUCAUGCUCAGUUCCGCGAGCAUGCUGCCACAACGCUGGACGCAGCGCUCACGCGCGUCGGCUCGGUGGACGAUGAGAUUCAGAAGGUGAAGGAGGUGUUGGCCGCUCGGGAGAAAGAGAUCGAGAACAUGCGACAGGUCGUCGCGGCGCGCGAUCGCGAUAUUACACAGCUGCGCGAGCAACACAUGAGCUUGGGAGCACCAGGGACUGACCGGAUUAGCGGCAGCCAGCAUCAACGCGAGGGCGUGGAGGUACAGGUUCUGCGCAUGCGGGAGGCUUUGGAGAAGGAACACAACGAAUUGGUUGCGAGCAAGAACGCGCAGAUUGAAGCGCUCAAUGCCCACAUCGCUAAGCUAGAGGCUGAACUAGUCGAGCUGCGCUCAAAAGACGAGGAUAUCAUGAUGGCCGAGGCGAGCAGGGACUAUCUCAACAUAGAUGAAUGCGAGCAGCACGACGGCCUAACGCCAUUCGCGGACUGCUCAAUAGUGCUGUCUGCUCCCUCUCCUGUUGAGGAAGAUAAAGAGGACAAGGACAGCCUAUUCUCGGGGUCUUUCUCUCCAGGUGCUAUUUAUCUGGAGUUCUCGGCAGCCCCAGACGAGCUUCCAUUUCCUGAACCUUCUACUCCUGAACCUCAGCUCCCUGAACCCCUGCCACUGCCUCCCGUCACCAAUAGUGAUAUAUCCGAGUCGGAGGAGGAGCACCCCUCUCCUAAACGAUUCAAACCCGAUAUUGUGCCACUUACGGAGGAGGAGGCGGCGCGUUGUUGUUAUGUGUCGCGGCGGCGUAAGUAA